UGGCCUAGUCUCAGAUUGAGUAAUGUCCAAAAUUGAGAUAGAUAGAAUCCUUCAUCCCAAAAAGAAACUUCAGGAAUGGAUGAUCUGAAUGAUAUGAAAAGGAGUUGUCCAAGAGCCUCAGAAAUGAAACAAAUGAGAUUCAUGCAUAUGAGCCAAAUGCAUAUCUAAAUGAAUCUUAGAGAAUUCUCUAGCCGCAAAGUGAAGCCGUUGCUUGAAUCCAAAUUUCCUGCCACUUAUGGAUUUUGAAAAACUUGAGUCAUUGAGCCAGCUAAAAUUUAAAUGCUUCGUGUGCCAUUGUCACGAUGGCAAGAUACCCACCUACAUUCCUUAUGACUCAGUGAGGGUCCACGACAUGCAAUGAAAAUUCAAAUCAGCUCAGAAAGGGCCAAAUUUUCCAAAAGGAAAUCUCAAAUUUGAGGCAGAAGGCCAGUCUUCCAAUGAAGAUCUCACCAAGAACAACUCCCAUUUAGAGGAGAUAAAGCCUCUUGACAGAAUUGACUUUAAAAUCCGCAGAGAUCCUACUUAUAGACUAGAAAAGUUGAAAAAGAGAGAGGAGAAAGAAGAAAAGUUCAGGGCUGAAACUACCCCAGAAAUUAAUGAAAAGAACAUCAUUGAAGAGAUAGAAUGCUUCCUCUGCAAAGAGAAAAUAGGCAUAUCUAUUUAUAAAUUUAAUCGAGCUCAAGAACAACUAGAGCCAUUAAAAGGAAAGAUAAAGCCACAUAUGGUCAGAUCUGAGAUCUUCAAAUUGCAUUCAAUGAUUGAGUGUCCUGAAAUAUACACAACUUGUCAUUUUUGUAAACUCAAAUCCCGAAGAAAACAUAUUGAAGAGCAUUUCCAGACUACCUGAGCUGAGAAAAUUGUUAAAUGUCAUAAUUGUGGUGCUGACUUCAAGGAAAAGAGUAAUCUGUUCAAGAACCAUAAUUGUGACGAUAAGUCUAAAGAACUCGAAUUCAAGAGCUUGAUACAGAAGACCCUUGCCCUGAAGGUCCAAGUUGAUGAGAUCUCUGCUGAAAUCAAGAAGAUCAGGACUGACAAGAAAAAGACUAAGCUUUCUCUCCAACAAAAGAAAGAACAGAUUGCUAUCCUUGAGAAAUAUAUGAUUGAUAACAAGAAGGCACUGACUGACGAUGAAGGUGACGAAUCUUCCAUGGAAUACAGAGAAGCAUUCAUCUAUAAGAAAGAGCACUUUUGUAGCAUCACCUGAUACUGAGUCUGUGCUAAAGGCACAGAUCAAUUCAUUACAUGAGACGAAAAAUGUAUGAUAAAACUAUGGAAUAUUGAGAAUAAGAAGCCUUGUGGAGAGAUUGACGCUCUUAAAAUGAUGAGCACCUUAUAUCCAUUAUACUUACCAAAUGAUUCUCCUGAAGAAGCUGAAGAGGCUCAACAUCAGUAUAAAAUUUCAGCAAUUCAGCAAUGCAAAAGCACUACCUUAUGCAUCCUAAUGACUGUAUUUAGGGGCGAGAAUGAAGAAGAUGGCUUUAUUAGAGACAUAUUUCUCUGUAUUCAACCUGAUUACGGAUAUGGUGAGACUACCCUUAAUUUCAACAGAAUUCCUUUGUUCAACGACGUCAGAGAUUUCAUCCAGAACGAGGACAAAGUUAGAAGGAUGAUUCAGCUGAGCACAUCUUCUCAUACGGGAAAGGUCACCAAAAUGAUAGAUCUUAAAUGACAAUCUAGUGAUUUCAUACUUACAUGUGAUGACCAGAAAACAUUAAUUGCAUGGGAAGUAGCGCAGGCUAAAUUCAAUUAUCUCGAAAGAUUCUCCGAAGGUCUUGGAGAUUUUGAAGACAUCAUCGAAUUCAGAAGAAAGUCAUCCAGCUUUUAUGGGUGAGUAGCUCUAGCCUUCGCUGACAAAAGAAUAGCAAUUCUCGAGAUAAAGUUUAAGAAAUCCAAAAAAGAUGCCUCAAAGGUAAAAGUUGUCCCAUUUCUCAAGAAGCUAAUAAAUAUGAUAAAUCCUCCAAAAUCUCUGAUAGAAGUAGGAAAUAAUCAGCUUGUGAUUGUAUCGAUAGAGUUUUUGUACUACUAUGACCAGAAAGAAGAGAAAUGCUUGCAGCCUACAUCUCCCUCUGUGCAUUUAUUCCAAGCUGCAUGUCAGGUUUCUGAUCAUAGUAAUGAAGGAGUAGUGACUGUUGAAGGAUCUAAAUUACUAAAACUAUGGGAUAGGAACAAAUCUUACGAAAAGAAAGUGCAUUAUAAGUCAUCAGAUAAGAUUAUUUGGCUUGCAAAAAUUCCUGGAAGAAGAGCCAUAGUUGCCUGUAACAAGAACAGCAGCCUGCGUUUAUUAGUAGCUUACAAGUAG